AUGAGCAGUGGAAGCGAUGAUGGUGGAGAGUCUGACGGUGAAGAAUCCGAUUCAUCGGAAGACAUUGGGACUCGACUCGAUAAGAUUACACUAGCAAAGCAGCAAAAUCCACAUGUCGAAGAAGAUUUGAGAGAAGAAGAAGAAGACGGGGAUGAAGAAGAAGUAGCGGCUCCUGGAGAAGACAUGGCGCGUGGUCAGCCCGAAGAAAGUGUCGAGGCUGCAGCUCCUGCUACUGCUGCUUCUGCUGCUGCUGAGCUGUCCAAGCUAAAGGUGGCCCAGCUAAAAGAGAAAUGCAGGGAGCUUGGUCUCAAAGUGGGCGGCAAGAAAGAGGAGCUCAUCCAGCGGCUCUCGGGCCGAUUGUUGCAGCCUUGCUUUUCACCUCGAGUCUUGCUUUUUGGAACGCCCACCUCGACAGGAAGCUCGAAGCUGCCAUCCGCCGAACACACACCAAAGAGGCGCUAUAACUGCGGGUCUCGCACUGUGAUGCGAAUCAUAGAACUUCGUUGA